AUGACUGACGCAAAGAAAAUCAACAAAGAACUCGUUGAGUAUGCAUACAAACAUCUCAGCAAUCUCCCCAAAGGAGAGGAAUAUGAAAAAAUGAUUCUGGGGGUUCCUUAUGAUUGCUUUAACAAGGAGCUCUGGCUCAAGCGGAACUUGGCUCACGAAAUUGUCGCGGACUAUCACCAGAUUCGUAUGAAGGACUAUGACUUCAGUUUUGAAAAGCACCAAAAGGCCCGCUUUGACUUCUUAUCCACCAUUUUUGGCCGCUGCCAACCCGACAUUGUUUUGGAACCCCCAUUUUAUGUCGAUUAUGGCUGCAACAUCAGCAUAGGCAAAGGUUUCUACGGCAACUUCAAUUUGGUGUUUUUGGACUGCACAUUGAUCACCAUAGGAGACAAUGUCUUGGUCGGACCCAAUUGCACCUUCACCACUGCUACUCACCCUACAGACCCUCUGCAAAGAGCCAGCGGCGUCGAAUAUGCGUAUCCAAUCACCAUAGGCAAUAACGUGUGGUUAGGAUGCAACGUUGUGGUUUUGCCAGGCGUACAGAUUGGCGACGGCGCUGUCAUUGGAGCUGGAAGUGUGGUUACUAAGAAUGUUCCGGCCAAUACUGUUGUCGUUGGCUCGCCCGCUCGUGUGAUCAAGGAGUUGACUCCACAGGACAACAAAGACGAGGUUUUUGCCGAAGUCAGUUGA